AAUCAAUAACAGUUUUCAUUAAAUUGUGAACUAUAUUUUUUUCUUAAUUCAGUAAAAUAUCAGGAAUAGUGUGGAAAUGAAUUUUUAUUUUAGCGUAAUGUAUUAUGCUUUGUUCGUAUAAUAUUUAAUGUAACUAAUUUAUGUUAUGAAGUCCAGCGAAGUGGAUAUAGUAAAAAUGAUUGAUGCUAAUAAGAUGCGCAAAGAGAAAAAAAUGUCUGUAAGUUCUAUAACUAGUGGUACAGCAUCUGACUUAAAGCCUCGGGUGGUUACAGUAAAGCAACAUGAUUCAAAAAAACUGUAUACACCGUCUGCAAAAAAAGAGAAUACUAAGAAAAUCGUUCAGGAUGCAGCGAAAGAAAUACAGAAUUGUAAUGACUGCUCGGAAUGGCGUUUGGAUUUAAGCAAGUCCGGUCUGACUAAAGUGCCAAUUACUAUUAGAGAUGCUACACAGUUAACAGAGCUGUAUUUAUAUGGAAAUAAGUUAGUCACAUUACCUUCAGAAAUUGGAUGUCUAACAGGUUUGCAAACAUUAGCACUAAGUGAAAAUUCUUUGACUAGUUUACCUGAUUCAUUGGUCAAUCUUACUAGUCUUAAGGUACUAGACUUGAGGCAUAACAAAUUAACGGAAGUUCCAGAUGUUGUUUAUAAACUUAAUACACUUACUACUUUGUUUUUACGAUUUAACCGAAUACGUAGUGUAACUGAUGAUAUUAGUAAACUAGUCAACUUAGUCAUGCUUAGUUUACGAGAAAAUAAAAUCAAAGAAUUACCUAAUGGAAUUGGUCAAUUGCAACGAUUGAUUACGUUUGACGUAUCUCAUAAUCAUUUAGAACAUUUACCAGAAGAGAUAGGGAACUGUAUACAGCUCUCUACACUUGAUCUUCAGCAUAAUGAGCUGAUAGAUAUUCCUGACACUAUUGGUAAUCUUGUGUUGUUAACACGCUUAGGAUUGCGUUACAAUAGAUUAAAAACAUUACCUAAUUCACUAAGUAGUUGUAAUCGAAUGGAUGAAUUCAAUGUUGAAGGUAAUAUGCUAAGUUCAUUACCUGAUGGGUUACUUGUUAAUUUAAAAGAAAUUAAUAGUAUAACAUUAGCUAGAAAUUGUUUUACAUCAUAUCCAACAGGUGGUCCUGUACAAUUUGUUUCUGUUGAUUCAAUUAAUUUUGAACAUAAUAAAAUUGAUAAAAUACCAUAUGGUGUAUUUUCGAAAGCUACUUACCUCACUAAAUUAAAUAUGAAAGAUAAUGCUUUGGUAUCACUUCCUUUGGAUGUAGGUUCUUGGACCAACAUGGUGGAACUAAAUGUAGCUACUAAUAUGAUAACAAAACUACCUGAUGAUAUUCAAUACUUGCAAUCAUUAGAAGUAUUAAUUUUAUCUAACAACUUGUUGAAAAGACUGCCUGCUACUAUAGGAAGUUUACAAAAACUCAGAAUAUUAGACUUGGAAGAAAAUAAACUUGAAAUUUUACCACAAGAGAUAGGCUAUUUGCGAGAACUUCAAAAAUUAAUAUUGCAAUCAAACCAAUUGCUAUCAUUACCACGUGCUAUAGGCCACCUUACAAAUUUGGCUUAUCUCAGUGCUGGUGAAAAUAAACUUAGUACAUUGCCUGAAGAAAUAGGUACUCUAGAAAAUUUGGAAGCUUUAUAUAUAAAUGAUAACCAAAAUCUUCACCAUUUACCAUUUGAACUUGCUCUUUGUUCCAAAUUACAGCUUUUGGGUAUUGAAAAUUGUCCUUUAAGCCAACUCGGUGAUGCUGCUAAAGGAGGUCCUUCCUUAGUUAUGACUUAUUUGAAAGUAAAUGGUCCUUACCGAACUCUCUAAAAACAUCAAAAUUUGUUUUAUUACUACAUGAUAUAUUCAAAGUAAAUCUUUAGUGAGUUCUUAAUAUUAUUAUUUUAGUGUAAUAAUUUGAAGUACCAAUAUUUUUAAACAUUUAAUUUAGAGCUACUAAUUAAGUAUGUUCAUAGAUACAUUGUGUAUACCACCGUCCGUAAAUUAUUAUCAUGAAAACAGUAAUACAUUUUCCUGAUAAUAUUGUAAUAUCAAAUUAUUGUCCUCUCAUUUAAAUUAAACUUACAUUAUUCCAUUAAUAUAGUUAUUUAAAAUAAUGGUUAGCUGUUAUUACAUUUAAAUAAAUUUAUUUGACAUGAUUACUGCAAUAGUAAAUUGAAAUUUUACUAGAAUAUAAAAAUACAUGUAAAUGGAUUUUGGUAACUUAACCAGUGAAUAUUAUUUUGUUGACAUGUAGUUGUUAUUAUGAAAUGUGAUUAUAAAAUCAACUUGUUGAGAUUUAAGUAUUUCUUUACUGUUUGUAGAACAAUUUAUUUGUUAAAUUAAUUUUAAGAAUUAUCUAUACAAUUUUCAGUUCUAUUGCAAAAUUUAAUUGUGAUAAUUUUUUUUUUUAAUAAUCCAAGUGGUACAUUCAAUCAUUUUUUUUUGUAUGAAGCAAGUUCUUUUCUUUAUGAACUAAUCUAUUAACUAAUGUAUUAUACUUUAUUAUUAUAUUUUAAGUAGAUGUACAAAACCAUUUUGGAUUUUUAUUUAUAUUAACUUAAAUAAUUAACUGUGUGGCUCCGUUAUGCAUGUUGAAAAAUGUCAAAUACAUUUAAUAAUAUAAUUAUACUCCCUUCUUUUUAAUUAUAAAUUUUAUUAUAUUGAAUUAUAGCGAACAAAAUUAUUUGACUAUAACUAAAAACCCCUUAUGUAUGAUAUAUAUAGACUUUAACAGUAUAUUUCUUUAAACCAUGGUUAUUUAUUUAUACAUAAAAUAUAUUAAUGUACAUGUUAAAUAACAUUUGAUUGAUUCAUAAAAUUGUACUUAUUAUUAAAUAUUUUGUAAAAAGUUAUUGAUGUUAGGUUCACACUCAUGCCAAACUUUUUUAUAGUGUGUCAUAUAGAAUCAUAGAAUUAUUUUGGUCAUUAAAAUUGUGCAAUUAAUAA